GGCAAAACCAGCGUUGAAACGUCUAUGACGAGUUCUCAACUUGAAAUGGAAAACUGUGGCAACCUUCUGUUACUGUGCAACACAUCUGGGGCAGAGGGUGCAGCUAUAAGAGACAAGUGUCAACAGCCAGGUGAAGACAUUGGCAAUGUCAAAAUCAAGAUAGAAAUUGAGGAUUGCAACAGCAAAAGUGCUUCCAUGAACAACAUAGAAUCAUCACAAAAGGGACAUCAACAUGUCAGCACCAGUUGUGAAAAUGAACAAACCAAAGAAGGACCCCUGAACUGUAACAAUAACAAUCUGUCAGUUGAAGGCAGCCACACAGGAGUUAUCAUGAUGAAUCCUUGUGCAACAAAGUAUCCGGGAAUGUCAGAGAGCAGUGUGAGUACAAAUGGUAAUGCUGCACAAAAUGGCAAAACAUAUUCUACUGAUGGAACUGAAGAAAGUAUUGAUGAAAUCAGUCUCCAGAAUAGCAAUAAAAGUUUGGAUCCUUCAACCUCAGGAUCUUCAUUUGAGGCUUCCAACCCUGAGAACUUCAAUUCAAUCUACAAAGAAAGGUCUGUAACCCAGGACAACUCCCUCCAAACUGGUGGCCCAGACCAUUCAAUCACCACUUUAAAACCUUCACAACCUGGAGUAAGGUCAACAUCAGAUGCCAAUGAAUUUAUCACAUCACUCUCCUUUGAGUCUACUCACAUGGCUUUUGAUAACAAUGCAAAUCAUGCUCUGAACACAAGGAAUCCAAGGACAGUCCCUGAAAUGAAGUCUCUUAGUCAGCCGAUUCCUUAUCGCAAUGCUCAAGGUCAUGACAUGUUUCACCAGCUGCAGAACAGGUGUUCCCAGCAAUCUGUCACGGAGAUCUUGUUUGCUCCUGUAGACAACUGUGUCUAUGAUUCAGCUCCAGGCAUUGAUUCUCUUGGGCAGACUAUGUCUCAGCAAAUGUCAGCAUUGCAACACCACACCCUUGAUCAGGCUCGGCUUCAAAUAUCAGGUUCUCUUGGUAAAACAGCUCAUUCAGGCUGGAGCCAGCCAGGUACAGACACAUCCUUUGGAUGUCCAUUGGCUAGCUCUACUCCUGAUGUUGGAGGAAGAAGAGUCUCAAUGCCAAGUGAAAGUCAGAGCAACUUCUUCCAGGUUCCUGUACCGGGUUACCAAAAUGUUCAAGAACCACCUUCUUUCUAUGGACAAGACAGAUCAAGACAUCUUGAACCUGAACACAUACGAUGGUUGACAAACAAUGUGCCUACUGUGCCUCCAGCUAGACUGAUGUAUAAUCAGGAUCAGCUUCUAGACAGGAACUGGAAUGCAACUCCUGAAGGAGAAAGAAUGAUACCAGUAGAUUCCCAGAGGGCCCAGGUUCCACUGACACACAUGUAUGGUCCUACUCAGCAAUCUGCUCCACUGGAUAUGUCCCCCAGGAUCAACCAGCCAGGUGUCCAGGGCACAAUCUCCCAGAGAAGAAUGCCAUCUAAUCCUGAAUGUAUGAGAGAAACAACCAAAGCUGCCAAGAGAAUGCUGAGAACAAGUUCAGAGGAGAUCAACGUUAAUAAUCCUUAUCAGCAUGUUGCCAAAUCUGCAAAACUGGCACCAAGUGUUUGCAACAAAGCUGCAGAGAAGUAUCAGAUUUCCACAAAUGUCCACACUCUUAAACCUCGUCAUAUGAUCUCCUGGUACAUUGAUCAUCUGAUACAAGAGAAUGAAAACAUAACACAGAUAUCAAAGUCCUACACUAUCCCUGUCAACAUAUUCCAAAGUAAGGAUAUGUACUUCAUGGAAGCCCUCCUGAAGAAGACUGAUUUCCCAACACCCGAGGUUCCUCAACUGGAUGCAGAACAACUUCCCAAACAUCAAUAUCAAUGCUGUUGAUUUCAGUGAAGGGCGACAACCUUCCAACUUCUACCACCUCCAGGAAGACCUUUUACGAGGCAAACAGAGGAAUGAUAUAAUCAAGGACACUUUUUUCUACUUCCAGCAGCGGAGGAUCAACUGAGCUCUGUUCAUAUGUUCUUUAACGAACUUUACCUUAAGACAUUCCACAAAGAAAAUCCUGUAUUCAACACUCAUAUAAUGGAUCUGAUGUCAGUCGAAAGUACCCUUAAAGCAAUGAGAAGAUAAUUAAUUCCAUAGAUGAUUAGAUGUUGUCAUUCAUACAAAUGCUUAUAAAAGCAAUAACAUUAUAUUGCUUUUAGAGCAUAUUUGAUAUAUCUCAUAUAAUGAGAGGUUGAAUUGUUAUGUUCUCCAAAACCUUCCGUUUUGUUUGUAGGAUCAGCUUCUGUAUCAUAGUGUAUGGCAAGAACAGGUCCUCUAAUGUUGGAAUAGAGGUGAUCUCAAAUUCUGUUACUUAAUCUCAAAUUCUGUUACUGAAUGAGUAUAUUCAAUCCUACUGUUUUUAAUGUUUGACUGAAUUAGCUACUAGAUCUAAAUUCACUGGCAUGUUUGCAUUUGAGAACAGCCAGCUUCUUUUGAGAUACAUUCAUGUUCAUUUCAGUUUCUUUGAAGUGUUCAUUGUUGGUGACCUGUAUUAAAUUCUUUUUAAAUUUUA